UCUAAAAAAACGAGGUGCAACAAAGGCAUCACAAGGCUCCAUCGGACAGCCUGUCAUCAACAAGCCCGACUCCGCUUGAUUGCAGCGGUGGUUUCCGCUGCCCACAUUUGAUUUUAAACUCGAAUUAAAACGGAGAGUUUCCCUUCUUUGCGUCGAACCGCACUAAACUGGAGGAAAAAGUGGGACAAUGUCGUCUGCUUACAAAGAUGGCGAGGAAGACUGGCUGACCGUGUGUCUCAAGUACCUGCUGUUUGUCUUCAACUCGCUCUUUUGGGUGGGAGGUGCCGCCGUCCUGGGCGUGGGCGUGUGGACGCUGGUGGAAAAGAGCGAGUUCCUGAGCCUGCUGGCGUCCAGCACCUUCGCCGUCGCCGCCUACAUCCUCAUCCUGGCCGGUGGCCUGGUGGUGGUCGCAGGCUUCCUGGGCUGCUGCGCCGUCAUCCGCGAGCAGAGGAGCUGCCUCUCCAUAUAUUUCUUCUGCCUGCUGUUGAUUUUCCUCAUUGAGCUCGUGGCUGGAGUUCUGGCUUACGUUUAUUACCAAAAGCUGAGCGAGGAACUGAAGGAGCAUCUCAAGCAGACCAUGACUGACAACUACGCCCAACCGGGGAAGGAGGCCAUCACCUUAGCGGUGGACAAACUACAACAGGACUUCAAGUGCUGCGGCAGCGACAGCUACCAAGACUGGACGACCAGCGUGUACAUCGCGUCCACGCGCGCCGACGGCCGACUGGUGCCCGACAGCUGCUGCAAGUCGGUCACGCCGGAUUGCGGCGUCCGCGACCACCCGUCCAACAUCUACAAGGUGGAGGGAGGCUGCAUCACCAAGCUGGAGCAGUUUCUGGCCGACCACCUGUUGGUCAUCGGGGCCGUGGGCAUCGGGGUGGCCUGUCUGCAGCUGGCCGGAGCAAUUUUGACCGCCUACUUUAUCUAUCUUCUCUAUAAAGAAGAGGAGGAGGACUUGGCUACCUUGUGAUUGUCGUUAGCGCCGCACUUUUGGCUCCCGUGUUCUUUGUGCAGAUCUGUGGGAUGGUGCUCACCUGCUGCUUGUACAGGAGGAUCAAGAUGGAGCCUUACUGAUGUCACCAGGCUCCUCCUUCUCCUUCUCCUUCUUUUUCUUCUUCUUUUUUUUUUAAUUUCUUGUCUGGUCCCUCGUGUCCUUUCGUUUGUGCUGAACAGCGGAGGCCUCGGGGAGCCCCGUCUUGCCUUUAAGCUUUACUACGAGACCGACUUAAGGGGGCUCCAUUCAACCGCCUCAGUGGCGAUCCGUCUUGUCCGCCAGUGUUUGUGCUUGUGAAUUCUGAGUGUGCCUGAAAUAUACCAAAAAGCGGAUUCUUAAUGUUGUGCCUGAUAACAUAACCAAACGGUUUGCUUUGAAUGUGAUGGAGCAUGCGUAUCUGGAAGACUCCAGAGUAGCCUUAACGCCUUGAAUUCCAAGUAUUUUACUCUCGCUGGCCACGUUAGGUACACUUUUGUAUUAAAAAGUAGCCACAGUAUGAGAAGCAUCUCCGACUGUAUUGCGGUCCAAACGACACCCAUUAAUCCAUCUGACAAUGUCAAUCAAAAUGGAUUCUUGUCACUCUGUGUCACUGCUGUCCAUUUUCAUGCCAGUGUACCUAAUGAGGAGUCUCGUGAUUUUACAAGCCGUUUUUUUUUUUGUUGUUGUUUUUUUUUUAUAAGGUGGGCUUCAAGUGUUUAAAACGAAACAUGACAGGUGCUAACGAAUGGGAUUCACUUGCUCCAAAUAUCCUCUGUACUAUUCCAGAAAUAUUAAAUACGAAGUGAACGUCGCUGCAGAACCAAAAUUCCGUUGCGAUGUGUUGUUUGAGCCGCUAGAGGGAGACAAAGCUCACAUGUUAAGAAACGAUUGCGUGCUCAAGUUCUUUGAGCCCUAAUGUGGUUCCUGGGGUCGUGGUUAUGACUUGCCCGCGUCCUAUUGUUAGUUCUUCAUUGUUACCAUAUGACUCAUUUGUUAUUCUUUCGUUCCCCACCCUCAGCGCCGUCGUUCCUACGUCCUACCUCGGAAUGCGCCAUUGCUGUCAAGCGUUUUAAAGUCGGGGGAGGAAAAAAAAAAUCCCACAAGUAUCCGGAUGAUGUCCAACAUUUUUUCGCGGCGACAAUCUCUCGUGACGUUGUCCAAGAAUUGUUCCCAAUAUCUUUUAGUGUUUAAAGACGUUUGUUGACAAAACUUGGAACAAGCACCUGGACUUAAAUGUCAGUCUCUGUACCUUGUUAAACACGUUAUGACUCA